AUUUAUCUUUGAAAACCAUUGUGUGUAGUACUUACUGUAAUCUAUCUACAGUCGUUACUUAUACCGUCAACAUCGUUUUACGAUUCUCCGAACAUCUUUUAUGAUACAUGGUUACAUUUCACGAAAUAUACGGAAUACAUUUUAUGAACAUAGGUAAAUAUGUUGUGCACUGUCUUAAACGUUUUAAAAGAAUAUGUAAAUAAUAGUUUUCAAGGCAAAGAGCCAUGGCAGAUAGCAACCAUAACAACUACUACUGUUCUUACAUCAAUUUGGUUGUGGAAUUUUGUUUUUCAAGAUGAAAGCCUCAAAGAAAGGGGAAAGAAGAAACUCUUCAGUUUAAGAAAUUAUGUACCUUAUAUCAGAGACAGAGUUAAUGAGGAAUUAAAUAAUAUAAAUUUAUCAUUCGAAAAAGAAGCUGUACAAAGAAUGAAAGAUGUUCCAUUUAUUAUAAAGCUUCCAGAUAGUGGUUUGAAGUCAGCAGAAAUAUUGGAGAAAGUAAAACACAGUAUCCGGUUAGGUGAUUAUGAUUGGGAGAAUGGUAAAGUAUCUGGAGCUGUCUAUAGGAUUGAUCAUGAACUGUUAGAAUUAAUAGGAGAUGUCUAUUCAUCUGCAUCGUAUACAAAUCCUUUGCAUCCUGAUAUCUUUCCUGGGAUAUGCAAGAUGGAAGCAGAAGUAGUUAGAAUGGCUUGUCAUUUAUUCCAUGGAGAUGAAGACUCUUGUGGCACAAUGACUACUGGAGGUACAGAGUCCAUUUUAUUAGCUUGCAAGACCUAUAGAGACUAUGCAAGAGACGUGAAAGGUAUUAAGAAGCCAGAAAUGGUAGUACCAGUUACGACUCAUUCUGCUUUUGACAAAGCAGCUCAGUACUUAAAGAUUAAAGUUCGUUAUGUACCUGUAAAUCCACAUAGUUACACAGUUUCUAUGAAAAGCAUGGAAAGAGCCAUCUCUAGAAAUACAAUAAUGUUGGUAGGUUCAACUCCAAAUUUCCCAUAUGGGACAAUGGACAACAUUGAAGCAAUCUCUAAGUUAGGUGUAAAAUACAAUAUUCCAGUUCAUGUUGAUGCCUGUCUUGGUGGAUUUCUAAUUUGUUUCAUGCCACAAGCGGGAUAUCAAGUGCCAUCAUUUGAUUUUAAACUGCCUGGAGUUACCAGUAUAUCAGCUGAUACACAUAAGUAUGGAUAUGCUCCUAAAGGAUCCUCUCUUAUCCUUUAUAGAAGUAAAAUGUACAGGCAUCAUCAAUAUACUGUAACAACUGAUUGGCCUGGUGGCAUUUAUGGAUCUCCAACAGUAAAUGGCUCAAGAGCUGGUGGAAUUAUAGCAUCAUGCUGGGCCUCCAUGAUGUAUUUCGGUUAUAAUGGAUACGUAGAAGCAACUAAAAAAAUUAUAGACACUACUAAAUACAUUGAACAGAAACUGAGAACAAUGGAUGGAAUUUUUAUCUUCGGAACACCGGCUACCUCAGUUAUCGCUUUGGGAUCAAACGAUUUUGAUAUUUAUAAGUUAUCUGAAGCUUUGAACGUCAGAGGAUGGAGUUUAAAUACACUGCAAUUUCCUAGCGGCAUACAUAUUUGUAUUACUUAUGUACACACUGAACCCGGUGUUGCGGAUCAAUUUUUGAACGAUGUUAAAAUAGAAUUGGCUAUUAUUUUGCAGAAUCCGGAUGUACCAGUAAAAGGGAAGCUCGCUAUGUACGGAAUGACGCAAACUAUACCCGAUAGAAGUAUUAUUAGCGAUUUUACAAAAUGCUAUUUGGACUCUAUGUACUAUACGCCCAAGAAUGAAACGGAGAUUAGCAAUGGUCCACAAUAAGUAAUUAUAACAAAAAUUGUUUAAAAAGGGAAUAACUUUAACACGUUGGAUAUCUUAAUUUUUUUUUUAUCGAUGAAUUACUACUAUGAACAAUGUGAUAUGAACUGUAUGAAUGUUUUAUCAUGAUUUUUUUCUGAGAAAAAAACGGGUUCACUUUAUAGCUGCUCAUAUUGCGUGUAUGAAAAUGCUGUAAACAAAAUACGUUGUAUAUGCCAUUA